AUGUGCAAGCGUGGCCUCGUGUGUGUGCUGCUUGCCGCUGCCUCCGCUCUGCCCUCGGACCCAGAGGGCUGGGGACAGCAAGGGCCGGACGACAUUCUUGUUCCGAUCGCGCCCGAAAAGGAGUCGCGCAGCUACGAGAAGGAGUGGUACCCGGGCAAGCACCUCUCGCGACCGGGCUGGUUCCCCGGCAAGGCGGUCGACGAAGAGGUGGUCAAGAUGCUCCCCGACGGAGACCGCGAUGGCACGCCCGACAGUAUUGAUCAAGUACAGCAUCGCGCGUCGCCCGCAGCGAAGCACUUCAUGGAGCACUCGGCGCUCGGCAUGCUCAUUAUUUGUACUUUUGAGGCGGACGAGGCGGUGCCCGGGCCGGUCGCGGCGGCAAAGGAGGCGGUGCUCCCCGCGAGCCGCGAAGUGGUCUGCACUUUGAGCGUGUCAUCAAAGCCAGUUACGUGGCUCUGCGGGCUCCUCGCCGCCGCCCUCGUCCUGGUGCUCUUCUACCCGCCGCGCGCGUACCUCCGCGCGGCAGACGCGGCGCGCUUUAGGACCAACAGUGCGUCCUGCGUCCUGCGUCCAGCUGAAUCGCCCGCCGCAGGCGAGCAGUUCAAGGCUGCGGUGGAGGACGACAGGACGAGGGCACCCCUUCGGCGAGUGUGGCUCGACGAGCUACCGUUCGAGAGGUAG